UAUGGACGUGAAUGCCCAAGUGGCAGAAAAUAUCUUGAAAUCAGAGCUAAUUUGGGUGACGCAGAACAUGGGGUGCCUGGAAGGGAGCCACAGAUAUUGUGGGGCUCAGGCCGGAAGGGGAACAGAAGUCCAAGCAGACCUUUCCGCCAAACUGGCCACUUCUGCCUUGGAAAGUGUUUCACAAUGCCCCAUGUGUGUGAGGACAGCCGGGCUCACGACGGAUGGGCAAGAGGGUGUGGACUCACACACUGACAUGUACUGGCACUCAGAGAGAGCCCGUGGCUGAGGAGCUGGCCAGCACGCCACUCACACGCAGACAGUGCCUGACCUGUCGUCCUCAUGACAAGUGACAGGGUUCCCCAAAGGCUAAGCAGUCCCAGCUAUGGCUCCAUCUCCAGCCCACCCAGUGCAGGGCCACAGCAAGCACCUCCCGGAGAGACCUACCUGAGUGAGAAGAUCUCCAUCCCGGACACGAAACCGGGCACGUUCAGCCUGAGGAAGCUGUGGGCCUUCACGGGGCCUGGCUUCCUCAUGAGCAUCGCUUUCCUGGACCCAGGAAACAUCGAGUCGGACCUGCAGGCUGGUGCUGUGGCUGGAUUCAAACUGCUGUGGGUGCUGCUGUGGGCCACGGUGUUGGGCUUGCUCUGCCAGCGACUUGCUGCCCGGCUGGGCGUGGUGACAGGCAAGGACUUGGGUGAGAUCUGCCAUCUCUACUACCCUAAGGUGCCCCGCACCCUCCUCUGGCUGACCAUCGAGCUAGCCAUCGUGGGCUCGGACAUGCAAGAGGUCAUCGGCACAGCUAUCGCAUUCAGUCUGCUCUCGGCUGGACGAAUCCCUCUCUGGGGUGGCGUCCUCAUCACCAUCGUGGACACUUUCUUCUUUCUCUUCCUGGAUAACUACGGGUUGCGGAAGCUGGAAGCCUUUUUUGGAUUCCUUAUUACCAUCAUGGCCUUGACCUUUGGCUAUGAGUACGUGGUGGCACGUCCUGCUCAGGGACCGCUUCUCCGAGGCCUGCUCCUGCCCUCGUGCCCCGGCUGCGGCCAGCCAGAGCUGCUGCAGGCUGUGGGCAUCGUUGGCGCCAUCAUCAUGCCCCACAACAUCUACCUGCACUCAGCCCUGGUCAAGUCUCGAGAGAUAGACCGGACCCGACGGGCUGACAUCCGAGAAGCCAACAUGUACUUCCUGAUUGAGGCCACCAUCGCCCUGUCUGUCUCAUUCUUCAUCAACCUCUUUGUUGUGGCCGUCUUUGGGCAGGCCUUCUACCAGCAGACCAACCAGGACGCGUUCAGCGUCUGUGCCAACAGCAGCCUCCGCGACUACGCCAAGAUCUUCCCCAGGAACAACCACACGGUGGACGUGGACAUCUACCAGGGAGGCGUGAUCCUGGGCUGCCUGUUCGGCCCCGCCGCCCUCUACAUCUGGGCGGUGGGUCUCCUGGCGGCCGGGCAGAGCUCCACCAUGACUGGCACCUACGCGGGACAGUUUGUGAUGGAGGGCUUCCUGAAGCUGCGGUGGUCGCGCUUUGCCCGCGUCCUCCUCACUCGCUCCUGCGCCAUCCUGCCCACCGUGCUCGUGGCCGUCUUCAGGGACCUGAGAGACCUUUCAGGCCUCAACGACCUGCUCAACGUGCUGCAGAGCCUGCUGCUUCCCUUCGCUGUGCUGCCCAUCCUCACCUUCACCAGCAUGCCCACGCUCAUGCAGGAGUUUGCCAAUGGCUGGCUAAGCAAGGCCAUCACCUCCUCAAUCAUGACACUGAUCUGUGCCAUCAACCUCUACUUCGUCGUCAGCUACCUGCCCAGCCUCCCCCACCCCGCCUACUUCGGCCUGGUAGCCCUGCUGGGCGCAGCCUACCUGGGCCUCACCGCCUACCUGGUCUGGACCUGUUUCAUUGCCCACGGAGCCACCCGGCUGGCUCACAGCUCCCACCAACACUUCUUGUAUGGGCUUCCUGAAGAGGAGCAGAAGGGGGAGCCCUCUGGAUGAACACCCCCUGGACCUGGCUUGAAGGGGGGGAAUAAAGGGGGCAGACUGGCCUGUUGGACAGGGGAGUGGGGGAAGUGGAGGCAGCAGAUGGAGUGGGAGUUUCGGGGGGCAGGCCAACCUGGGUUCCAUAGGGACCUGCUAUUUCCCAGCUUGGACAAGUGAUGAACCUACAGGUCUUAGUGUCCUCAUCUGUAAAGUGGGACAUCAACCUUGCAAUGGGUGUAAAGCACUUGAACACAGUGCUUGGCAACGGGACUUAAAAAAAAAUCCUAAAGUAUUUAUUGAGCACUUACAGGAGUGACCUGACAGACAGUCCCAGUUGGGGGCAGGCUCCAAACUGGCACUUAAAAUACAGUCCGGUGGAUGCUAACUCAACGCCAGCUCUAUUCUCGUCCAAAAGAAGAGGAAAACGGAAACCAAGAAAACACAAAAUCCCAUCAAGAAGAGCCACCUGCCCUGGCCGGUUUGGC